CUAUAUAACUACCUCCAACCCUCAUAUAUUCACAUCAUCCAUCACAUAUAUAAUUUCUAGGGACCAAAUCAAAAAGCCGUUACAACAAAUCCAACAACAAAAACAGCAAUAAAAAAACACUCGGCCAUAUAUGGAGUUUGUUGAUGAAGCACAAAUAUACAAGUGUUCUAAGCAUCCAUCUAGACGUCGAAAAAGCGGUAUAUGUCCUAAAUGUCUACGUGAUCGUCUAGUUACACUUUGCCCUAAUUGUGCGGUUGCUUUGCCUUGUCCGUCUUGCCCACCUCCUCUCGAAUCAGCUUCCUCGUCGUCUUCUUCGUCCUCUUCGUCGUUUUCUCUCUUUUCGUUCUCUCGUGGAGGCAGCCGUCAUGAUUUCACCACCUCAUCUUCUCAGAAUGGAUCAUCAUCGACAACUAAUAAUCCUCUAGAUCAAUCGGAUCCCGUUUUAAGGAAAUCAAGAUCUGUUGCAAUUCCUUUUCUAAGGUCAAGAUCUAGGUAUGUUGGAAACCAAGUCAAUAUUAAUGAGCUACAUCAUCACGGUAACGUCGUAGCUCAUGUUGUUGCGGCCGAAAUUAGUAGUGAUAAGCAGCCAGUAGUGGUUGAUCAUGUGCCACAAAAGGUUCACAAAAGUAGUAAAAUAAGUUUUCGGUCUAUGUUUAUGCUUCAAAAGAGUAAAAAGCCCGAUACACAUCAACACGAUAUAAUAGAGAAAAAAGCUGUAAAGAACAACUUUGAUACUACUACUAAAGAUGUAAAUAAUAAUAAUAGUCCUAUGAUGACGAGGAAUAGGUCAGUAGCGGUUGGAAGUGGUAACGAUUUUGGUUUGACGAAUUCUAAAAUUGAAGAUACGAAUAACUCUCCAAUGAUGUUGAGAACGCGAUCCGUGGCGGUUGGAGGUGGUAACGGAUUAGUCCCGGGGAGUUCAAAGCCUAAAGGCUGGUAUUUUCCGAGUCCGAUGAAAUCUUUUCGUCAUCCCAAACCUCUUAAUUCUGUCGCGGUUGCUUAAAACAUAUGCGUAAAGAUUAUAUUAUUAUUUAUUAAGUAUAUCUUGAACAAAUUAUGAAAUAAUAAGAUGUUAUAUGUUUUCUUUUUGGUACGUAUGAGAUAUCAAACAAUAUUUUGGAUGA